AUGGCCGGAUCCUUCGCUUCCAUGCUGAUGGCGCCCUUAUGGCUCAGUUCGGACACAUGGGAGCGACGGCAGUUCCCGCGCCCUCUACGUGCCUCACGGCCUGGCGCUGGACGACAGCCGCGACGCCCUCUGCGUGGCCGACCGCGAGAACCGCCGCGUCCUGUGCCUAGGGCGGGACUCCGACACGUGGACGACUUCGGCGAGGCCUUCAUGACGCUGCAGGAACCCAACCAGGGCCGUGUGUUCGACAUCGCCACCGUCAACGGUGUGGUGGUGGGCGUGGCCGGCAGCGAGGACGAAGGCGCAGCCACGGGAUUCACAGCCGACCUGAGCAACGGGAAAUUAUUGGACGCCUGGGGCCCGCUCGUGGGCUUCCACAACCCGCACGCCGUCGCCGUGAGCCGCGACGGGUCCGCCAUCUACGUCUCGGAGAUCGGCCCGAACCGCAUCUGGAAAUUCCUCCUGGAGAGUCCUGCAGCUUACUGAAAAGGGUCCUUCGUCUGCAACUUUGUUUCUUGUUGCUUUCGAGAUGGCUCCCUUUAGGGGGGACCUUGAUAGAUAUAUAUUUGUAGAGAGAGAAAUGAUUUUUCUGAGAAUAUUUCCCAGGUGCAUAGCUUGUCUGGAAACGGAAUACUCUGCAGAUAAUGCGAUCUUGAGAAAAAUAUAUGAGGUAAUUCAAACAGGGCAAGGAAAAUAAGGGGAGGAUGCUAUUUUUAAGUUUAGAUAGAAGGGUUCAGAAUAGAUUAUCCAAGAGGAAGUAAUGUUGUAUAUUCUGAAAAAUAAACACAUCGUUCCUCUCUUGAAGAUUUAUCUUGUACAAAACAAUUAUUGUUCGAAAAUGUUUCCAGAGAAGGAAAAGGGGAGUGUAUUCACGGAUUACGAAAAUGGCCAAACUUAUAUUGUUCACAUUAAGACUAUCUGAGUCGCAACCAUUGUGAUCUAAAUAAGAUUUAAUGACGUUACAUAUUAUGUCAGAGCUUAGUGAAAUUCAGAUGGUGAUACAUUUGCAGUUAUAUUUCCAACCAACCACUUCUGGAUACAUCUUACACUACCCACUUGUACAAUGUAUAAUCAUUAAGCAUUUUUUCAAGCAUUCAUCAUUCUUAUCAGUAUUAUCCAAUUCCUGAAUGCAACAAGACUGCCACAGCGUUUUAUAGUAUAACUGAUCGUGGCUCUCUUGCGUGUAAUAACAGAUGGUCGUUUUCUCAAAAGAAAGAAGGCCUUUCCGAGAAACUCUUCUGCGACGAUUAGCGCAAAUAGUGUUAGUUGAAAUAUCUUGCAUCUCUCGAAAGAAUCUAGAUAGAUGAAUACAUAGUUUUAUCAGGAUUUUUCAAACAUAUCAUAUCAUAUAGAAAAAUCUUUACAGUACAUUGGAAGAUUCUGUUUAAAUAGAUUUAAUAU